AUGUUCCUCUCCUUGUCACUCUGGGCGGGGGCUGCCGGUCUCAUCUCCCACUGGGGGAGACAAAUGAGAUGCUUACACAAAACAGCUGUGCAAAGUGGAGCUGGAGGAGCCUUAUUUGUGCACAGAGAUACUCCUGAAAAUAACCCAGAUACUCCAUUUGAUUAACCAGAAAACUACAAGAGGAUAGAAGCAAUUGUAAAGAAUUACCCAGAGGUACAUAAAGCAGCAGCUGUGCUUCCAGUACUGGACUUAGCCCAAAGGCAGAAUGGAUGGUUGCCCAUAUCUGCUAUGAACAAGGUUGCUGAAAUUUUACAAGUACCUCCAAUGAGAGUAUAUGAAGUAGCAACUUUUUAUACAAUGUAUAAUCGAAAGCCAGUUGGAAAGUAUCAUAUUCAAGUCUGCACCACUACACCUUGUAUGCUUCGAGAUUCUGACAGCAUACUGGAGGCCAUUCAGAAAAAGCUUGGUAUUAAGGUUGGAGAAACUACACCUGACAAGCUUUUCACACUAAUAGAAGUGGAAUGCUUAGGUGCUUGUGUAAAUGCACCAAUGGUUCAAAUAAAUGAUAAUUACUAUGAAGAUUUGACGCCCAAGGAUGUUGAAGAGAUAAUUGAUGAGCUGAAAGUUGGCAAUGUUCCAAAACCUGGACCAAGGAGUGGACGUUUCUCUUGUGAGCCAGCUGGCGGUCUUACAUCUUUGACUGAGCCACCCAAAGGAUCUGGUUUUAGUGUGCAGUCAGGCCUCUAAGUAAUUUGUAUGACUUUGUUUAAAAACCCCAAACAAACCUGUUAAAAUAUUUCUCCAUACAUUUAAAA